AUGGCUUUUAACGCGCCCCCCGUGGAGGAGCACCUGCUGGCCGGAAUCAGCCAACCACUUAGCAGCACUGAUGUGACAGCUUCAGACAGUGGAGCAGGUGGCUUCUUUCGACCUUCAAAUGAUGGCACUGAACGCCUCGCUGCUGAAAGGCCAGAAGAAAACAGGGUUAUCAACAGUGCUCCGCUCCUCCCUGAUUACGAGGAAGAGCUAGACGUUGUUGGUGUGGAUGAUGACGAUGUGCUUCAGGUGGCUGAGCUUCAGGGAGCUGAUGGAGGAGAUAUCCCUGUACGCCCCUCUGCACAAAGGCCUGAAGACAACAAAAUCAACACUCCUCCACUCCUCCCUGAUUAUGAGGAGGAAGAUGAAGAGAUCGAUGUUGUCGGUUUGGAUGAUCUCCUUCACCCGGCUGAGCCUCACAGAGAUUUAGGGGUUGAUCAGGUCAGUUUUGACCGGCCCCAAAGCAGGGGAGGAGAGGAAAGGGGGGAGCUGCUAAAUGACAAUGAAGCUCUAAAUGCCAGAUCUCCCUCUCCUCCACAACAGGAUCCUGCUGCUGAAGGUCCUCUUUAUGGUCACAUUCCCCAUGGUGACCCUUUUGCUCCACCCUUUCUGGCUCCUCCUGCUUUUAUUAAAGCUCCUCCUGAAAUGGACAAUGCUUGGGAGGCUGAAGACAACAGGACUGAGACACCGGUCGAGAACAUUGGGCCACUUGAACUUUUAAGCAGUGACAGCUCUGUUGAAGACGAUGCUGAACUCUCAACUUCUGGUCUCAAAUCCUCCACAAGAAGGAGCAGGGAAGAGGAUGACGAGGAGCAGGCUACCACUAAGUGGCCGAGGUGGUCUGAUGACAGCGACUCAGACUAACUCCACGAUACUCUUCAUGACUGACAGUCAUUCUGAAAUCAUCCUCACUGGGCUCACACGGACCCUUCCUCACUACCACAGCAUGUGACAGGAUGGCUACACUGACCCUUUUCCACACUGACAAUAGGCCCCUGCGUCUGGCGGGACCUGCGAUUGAACCUGCAGGACCUGCGUUGAAGACAGUCCCAGUAGCGUCUUGCACUGGGGCCAGUUUGUCCUUUCUCUACAUUCUGGCAUGGUGGCUGGGUCGACUUUUCUUUCAUCUG